UUUUUUAAGAAUUGUUCCUUGUGAUAAUGAUGUCACGGGGUGGGGUUUCCGAGCAGUCGGAGUUGUCGUCAUGGGUUGGGGUUUUCCCCUCUGACGAUUGAGAAAGGAGAGAUGAGCGAGUUUGAGAGAUUACCAGUGUUAUGUGAAGCUGCUCGAAUGAGCAGGGGUUAGGAGGCGAUCGUGUCUAUUUCUGCUAUUGGAUCUUUUACUUGACCGCGGGCCUUUCCGGAAGUGCCUCCGAGCCAUAUACGCAGGGAGGUGGGGAAUAGAAACGCUAAAAGAAAAUCUUGGGGAAGAAUAGUUGCCGGGCGAACACUGCAUAGGCUACUAUUAAAACGACGAAGGGACGUCGGUCUUCGGAUAUUUCCGUCCUGCCCGCGAGGCCUGCUCUUUGCCAGUACUGGAACACUGAUGAGGACGAGGCUUUGCCUGUGUGUCAGAGAGAUGAGGGAUUAAGGCCAAGGCUUUCGGCACCGUUUCAUUCCCUGCCACUUCAUAUGAAUUGGAGCAUGUACAGAAAGACAAGGAAGACCUCGACAGUUGAUGACUGAAGAAUUCUCACCAUCGUGAAGAUAAACCCCCAAACAGCUGUUCGACAGAUUACAUACACUCUUCAGGAGGCAGGCGUGGAUGUGUCAGUGACAACUCUCCGCAGGAGAUUUCACAAACAGAUUUUCAGAGGCUACACUAGACGGCGAGCGUGCGAGAGCCACACAGAGGACACAGCCCAAACGGAGAGAUAAAGAGAACAGGAAACGGAAGGGAUUAAAAUACAGAAGGACUGAAAAGAAGAUGCAGGACUGAUAACAUACUGGAGAAGAUCUCUGAACGCACAUAGAAAUUGCUUCCUGUAGUGUGUGUCUGAAAGUUUUGGAACUUGUUGAGUAAACAAAAUAUUACAGUAAAGAGGGAGAGAAAGAGAAAGCUGCUUAGAGCACAUGCCUGCCUGUCCUUUAUGAAGGCUGACUACAAGAGACAGGGCCAUUUUAGGUGAAAGCACACCUGUUGGUUUCUACAUACAGCACAGAGCAAGAGAUAUCAAGAGCGAGAGUGGAGGAGUACAGGCCAGUGGGAGGAAAGGGGAAUUUUGCCUUCUUUCGCUUUCUCUUUUGCCAGGUUUUUGUUCUCUCGUUUAUCUUUCCUUUUGUGGUUCUUUCAGCUCGUCAAAUAAUUUCUUUUUACUUUUUUUCUCUCUCCCACUGUUCUUGAAAACAGAGGGGGGAAAGAAACAGUGAGUUGCUGACUUGGCUCUUUGCGAGAAAAGAGUGUCAGUAAUAUGCAAGGGCUGAUUUUCCCUAGAGAACAAAGCCUCAGUCGUGUGCGUUUGUGAGAAGCGCUCUGUCCUCUGUAAUACAGGAACUUCCCUUACCUACACAGAGAGAGAGAGAGGUCAGACGUACAGGACACCGCUGUAUCAAGGCUCUGUGUACAAAUAGGCCUCUGAAACAACAGGGGACACUAGAGCGAUAGGCAGGAGACAUCGCUGUGUCUCUCCUGAGGAAAUGGGAUCGGAGAAGGACUCGGAGUCCCCCCACUCUUCUGUCGGCGGGGUGCCCAAUCCCAAGUGCCGGGGCCCUGGAAAGAAGCGGGGCCGGAUUUCCUUCCACAGCCUCUUCCACGGCAAGCGGGGCUCCCGAGGGGCCAAAGGGGGCGCAGGGGCCCCGACGGCCCAGCUCCAGCUCCAGCAGCAGCAGCUCUUGCCCCCGCUCGUUUCGGCCGCGGCCCCCCCGACGCCCCCCGCGGCCCCCGGCGCCGCCCCCGCCGAGCCCCUGAGCUCCAGCCGGCCCUCGCUGGCGGGCCCCGACCUGCUGGAGUGCCCCCUGUGCCUGGUGCGGCAGCCCCCCGAGCAGCUGCCCGAGCUGCAGGGCUGCAGCCACCGCUCCUGCCUGUGCUGCCUGCGGCAGUACCUGCGCAUCGAGAUCACCGAGAGCCGCGUGCAGCUCAGCUGCCCCGAGUGCGCCGAGCGCCUGGCGCCCCAGCAGGUGGCGCUCAUCCUGGACGACGCCGCCCUGGUGGACAAGUAUGAGGAGUUCCUGCUGCGCCGCUGCCUGGCCUCCGACCCGGACUGCCGCUGGUGCCCCGCGCCUGACUGCGGGUUUGCGGUCAUUGCCUCUGGCUGUGCCAGCUGCCCCAGACUGGUGUGCCGCAGGGAGGGGUGCGGAGCCGAAUUCUGCUACCACUGCAAGCAGGUGUGGCACCCCAACCAGACCUGCGACUCAGCCCGCCAGCAGAGGAUGCAUAGCAGCCACUCGCCCAGCUACACGCAGGACCAGGGGCCUGCCGAUGACAUCAAGCCCUGCCCGCGCUGUGGCGCUUACAUCAUCAAGAUGAACGACGGCAGCUGCAAUCACAUGACCUGCGCCGUGUGCGGCUGUGAGUUCUGCUGGCUGUGCAUGAAGGAGAUCUCGGACCUGCACUACCUCAGUCCAUCUGGCUGCACGUUCUGGGGGAAGAAGCCCUGGAGCAGGAAGAAGAAGAUCCUGUGGCAGCUGGGCACUCUCAUUGGGGCGCCCGUGGGGAUCACCCUCAUCGCCGGUAUCGCCAUUCCCGCCAUGGUCAUCGGGAUCCCCGUCUAUGUCGGCCGCAAGAUCCAUUCACACUACGAGGGAAAGAAGACCUCUCGUCACCGACGGAACCUCGCCAUCACAGGGGGGGUGGCCGUGUCAAUCAUCACAGCCCCUGUCAUCGCGGCCGUCAGCGUGGGAAUUGGGGUGCCCAUCAUGCUGGCCUACGUGUAUGGGGUGGUGCCCAUCUCCCUCUGCAGGGGCGGGGGCUGUGGGGUGAGCCGUGGCAAGGGCCGGGGUGUCCGGAUCGAUUUUGAUGAGGAUGAUGGGCCAAUCACAGUGGCGGACGCUUGGCGGGCGCUGAAGUCACCCAGUCUGGGCGAGAGCAGUCUGGAAGGUGGAGCCAGCGGCCUCAGCACCACCACCCCCAGCGAGGGCCUGUCUGUGGCCCCUGGGGGCCUGGGAGACACCCCCCGCUUCAACACCCUGGCUGGAGGUGCUCUGGGCACCAGGGCAGGCAAAUACAGCAGGCUGGAGGUCCGGGGUGGGGAGCUGGGUAAGGAGGGAGCUCAGAGGGAGACGGGUAGCCUGGGCGGGGUCAGCGACUGUGCCAGCACCCGGGGCAUGGCGGGGUCCAUCACCUCCUCCUACACUCUGCCCGACAGGGAGUGCACAAACCUCGAGAUCCAGGUGGAUAUCGAGACCAAACCUAGUCAUCUAUGUCUGGCCAGCGAGGAGGACUUGGCCCCGCCCCCCGUCGCCAUGGCUCCCGGCCAGGGGGAGGAGCCUCAGGACUGCAGCUCGCGGAGGGGCCGGAUGCUGUCCGGCUCGUCGCUGGCUCUGUCGCCCGGCGUGUCGUUGCGGGAGGGGCUCCGUGACGUCACGCUGGCCCAGCCGGAGAGCAUCCGCAGCGACCUGGAGAUGUCCGACACCCAGUCGGAUGACAUCGCCGAGCUCACGUCCGACGACUGCGACUCCCCGCACCCCAAAAGCUGCCGCCCCCCUCCCCCGCCCCAGCCGACCUGCCGAGCCUCGUACCCGUCCGACGGCCUGCACUGUUCCGACAACAUGAUCCUCUACGUGUGAGGGCGGGACGCUCAGUGUUGCACAAUCCCAAUGUAUUUUUUCUAUUAUUCUCGCCUCAGACUUUUAUAUGUGUUACGAAUGCAUUUUCAGCUUUUAUUUUAUCAUUUCCACACAAAAAAAAAACUUUUAUUGUACAUUCAGACACCCCAUCUGUACUUUUGUCUGUGUGUUUACAAAGCAUUUUCAGGUUCUACCUCUUUGAGAAUCAACUCUUUGUUUACUUCUUGGUGCGGAAACCACCUUUUUGCUCUUUAAAAAAAACUAAACAAAACAGAAAGUACAACAAGAAAUACAGCAAAAAUCUAACCAAGGGACUGCUAAUGAGGCUUCACCAAGCACACUCAGUUUAAAAGAUUCUGAGAGGGUGUACAAGUAGGUGUCUGAGCUUGAGUGCUGGCUGUGUGUGGAUGGCAAUGUUUUUAUCUGUGUGGGAGUCCACGACUCUUCACAUUUGUACUAAAUAGUUUUUUUUUUUCUAUUUAUAACUGACCACCCUUGACAAUUGUUAUAUGCCGUGUGCAUGUGUCUGCAUGAAUGUGUGUGGGUGUGUAUGUGCGUGUGUGCUUGCGUAUGUGUAGGUCUUUCGCGCUGACUGAGGUUGUUUACACGGAGACGGGGCUGAAGGUGGCCCUGCCUGCGAACCUCACGCACAUAGAGGAAGAACUUCAGUGGUCGAUGAGGGAUUACCAAGACUUGCCUAGCAGACCGCGCUGCUUGAAUGGUCCGUGGUCUGUGGCCUCUCGGACUGUGCUUAUUCACAAGCUCACUGAUUUCUGAUGGGCUGUCUGUCUGUCUGACCCACUGGCUUGCUGGUCUGUCACGGUGUCUGCAUGGAUGUCUGUCUGCCUGUCUGUCAGCUGAAUGUGUGUCUGGACAGAGCCUGGGCUGGGAGGCAUCAUCCCCCCUGGGUGUGGUGGGGCUGGGAGAUGGUGGGGCUGGGUGUGGUGGGACAGGCUUCCAGAUUGCACAUUACAUUAAACACAUAAAAGCAGCAGGAAACAGGGCAAAAUAUCAUCUUUCAGUCUUCCUCAAGUUUCAUGGCACCGGAAUGAGGGACUUAUUUCCCUUCAAAUACUUAACUUACAACAUCAAUGCGAAGCUGCCACAACAUUGCAGUCAAUGCGUGAGCGUGCUGUGUUCUCCAGACAGAGACAGCGAGGCGUAUGAGGGAGCUUACUGUAGAUCUGCUGUGUUUGGGCUCGUCAUACACCCAUCUGUGUGUAGGAUCAGUGUUAAUCUGGCUGGCUGUCUCACUGUAAGCUGGGAAAGUGAGGCUUGGGCACUUGUGCACUUUAACUUGAAAACAAUUAACAUUGCUGGUAUUAUUUAUUUUUUAUCACAAUUUGUACUUGUCUCCCUUUUGUGGCUGGCAUUUGCUUUGGUUUUCCUCACUGCAGAAGAUUCACAGUUCGAGUGAUUGUGGAAAAGGCAGUCGUCCGGUGGAGUGAUCGGAUAUUGAUUAGUCUGGUCUGUUCAUGUGACUGGACAGUGCUUUUUUAUGUGAUUCAGUUUUGUUUCUUUCUGCUUGUGAGAAUCUACAUGAAUGUACCAAGCAAACUACUGCAAAAAAAGAAAAACAAAUCAACUGUGGAUGGAAGAAUUAUAAAUAUAUAAAUAGCAAUAUAAGACUAUAAAUAUAUAAAUGUAUAUCUCCAGCACCAUUUUGUAUCUGCCUAUGUAUGGUGGUGCACUUUGGACUGUGGGGGAGAAUGUGGAGGUUGCUGGGAAAUAAAUGCAUUGUUCUAUUGCACCAACAUA